AGCUGGGGAGCCGAGGGUUCAUAGGUGAGCUCGAAUAUAUGGUAAAUGGGCGCCUGCCACACGCUCGCAUUCAUUUGGGCACUGCGCUAAAAGUCGCGGCUAAUUGCCGAACCCCGCGAACCGGGUCAUGUGGACACACUCGAAUUGCAAUCUCGACGGUGAGCCAGUUUUGCCGAUCGAUUCAAUGCGUUUUCGCCAUUCUCUCGGCGCGGUUGUGGCUCAAAGCAGGCGGAAAAAUGUCGGAAGCAGUGCGAAACACUCUGGUAAAACUGCAGGCCUUCAUCGGACUGAUCGGCUUCGCGGCCUUAACGCCACUACUCAUUUUGGUAGCAGUUCUCAGUCGACUGAUCGCCAAACUCUGCUGCUGCUCGGCGCCGAAGAGCAUCGAGGGAGAAGUGGCCGUGGUCACUGGAGCUGGUCAUGGACUGGGCCGUGCCAUAGCCUUGGAACUGGCCAGGAAAGGCUGUCACAUCGCCGUGGUGGACAUCAAUGUCUCCGGAGCGGAGAACACUGUAAAGCAAAUCCAAGAUAUCUAUAGGGUACGCGCAAAGGCAUACAAGGCCAAUGUCACCAGUCACGGCGAACUAGUGGAGCUGAACACCAAAGUGGUUGAGGAUCUGGGCCCAGUUACUGUCCUGGUCAAUAAUGCAGGUGUCAUGCUGCAUCGCAACAUGAUAGAUCCGGACCCAGUCGAUGUGCAGCUAAUGAUCGAUGUCAACCUCACGUCGCACUUCUGGACAAAAUUGGUUUUCCUACCCACCAUGAAGGCUUUGCGCAGAGGUUUCAUAGUCACCAUCAGUUCAUUGGCAGGUGUCUUCCCAUUGCCCUACAGCACGAGUUACACUACCACCAAGGCUGGCACCUUGGCUCACAUGAGGGCCCUGCGCAUGGAGAUGGCCCUGGAGAACCAGAAGGACAUCCAUGUGACCACCGUGCUGCCCACCUUUCUGCGCACCAACAGCGAUGUUACGCAGCUGACGGAUACCAUGGGCGUCGCCGAACUGUAUCCUCUGGUCAGCGGAGAGGAGGCGGCCCACCGAAUAGUGGCCGGAAUGCUGAGGGGUGAAGCCGAGAUCACCUUGCCGGGACUGGCGUCCCUCCUCUAUCGACUGAUUCAAAUCUUUCCGGCUGACUGGCAGGAUCGAUUGAUUCUGCUGCUCAGCAGCAGCAGAUUUAAGAAGCUCCGAGAUGAGCGCUCCUGAGAAGGAAUCGGCGGGUGGAGGUUUCGGCGGGUGAAUAAAUGUAUAGUCCGGUUACGGAAAAAUAA